AUGGCGAGGUCCGCGGCGCGACGAUGCUACGGCGACGCAGCCCUCGCCGCUAGCCGCCUGUUGUGUGGCGCCGGCGCCGGCGCCGCUGGCGAAGCUGUAGGACAGCCGCUGUCGCCCCCUCCUCCCCCUCUACAGCCACAGACACAGACACAGCCACAGACACAGACACAGCUCCGGCCGCUCCUCGGGUAUCAGCGGGCGGGCCGGCCGCUAUCCAGUGACGCCGCGCCGCCUCGGCCUGCUUUUAGCGAAACAGCAACCGUCGAGCGGCGCCACCCGCCUGACUUACAACCAGCAGAUUCCAGUCCAGGCCGGCGUAGGAGAAGUCCGUCGCCAGUGUCUCGCGAAGGAACUGAAGCAGAGGAGACGCCACCGCUUUCCCCACCACCAUACUCUGCACCAGAGUCCUGCGUUCAGUUCCCAAGCCUUCUGCCGUGUGUCGUGUAA